CUCGCAUCGCAGGCAGGCUCAGCUGACGCGGCGCUGGGAUCAAGCUGCCACAAAAAGAGGCUGCUGCAGGCAUGGAGCAGAGGUGAGCGUUAAUCCAUGAAUGGCCAGUUACGCUCCUGAGCAGCACACUCCUGCAGUGCACCAGCAUCAUGAUAAGCCCCACCACAGACUCUGCUACAGCUGCCGUUUAUCUAUCGCCAUGGUGAGAGAGAGCUUCUGGACCUUGACUCUGUUGCUAUGGUGACCCUGUAGCAAGCAAGAACCCUGGUGAUCACAUAAAAAGACCCAGGUAACUACUGUUCCAAUCUGCUGCCAUGGCGAUGCUGUAGAGACGCCCUGUAUAGUCAUAAGUCUGUUGCUAUGGUGAUACUGUAGCAAAGCAACAGUCACUAUGGGAACGUCCAGGAUGUUUCGCAUCUUCGUGGUCCUGGGCUCAGCCUUCAUGAUCCUCCUCAUCAUCAUCUACUGGGACGAUGUCGGAGCCUCUCACCUGUAUUUGCACACUCCCGUCUCGCCGGGCCCCAAAAUCCCACACCCCCCUCCUCAGCAGCGGCCUCAAACCCCCCGAACCCCGUCCUUCCUGUCCGACAUCGAUGCCUUCGUCAACCAGUUCUUAGAACCGGGAACUGGUGAGCCCACAGACCCUGUCCCUGCCGACACAAGCAACCAAUCAGAGAAAGCAGAAGAGCGGUACAUACCGCGGCGGGAGUGGAAGAUUCACCUGACUCCAGUGGCGGCAGAGCUCCGUGAGAGACAGGAGCAGCGACGGAGGUUACUUCAGGAGAUGUGCGCUAACGACAGCGUGGUGUUUCCCGGCAAAAACCGCUCAUUUGAUGACAUUCCCAACAAGGAGCUGGAUCACCUCAUCGUGGACGACAGGCACGGUAUCAUCUACUGUUACGUCCCUAAGGUGGCGUGCAGUAACUGGAAGCGGAUCAUGAUAGUUCUUAGUGAGAGCCUGCUGCAGGACGGGGUUCCCCAGAGAGACCCGCUGGCCAUCCCCCGGGACCUGGUCCACAACAGCAGCAUGCACUUCACCUUCAACAAGUUCUGGAAGCGCUACGGCAAGUUCGCAAGGCACCUCAUGAAGGUGAAGCUGAAGAAGUACACCAAGUUCCUUUUUGUGCGGGACCCCUUUGUGCGUCUCAUCUCCGCCUACCGGAAUAAAUUUGAGCUGCGCAACGACGAUUUUUACCGGCGCUUCGCACAGGUGAUGCUGCGCCGCUACGCCAACCAGCCGACACCUCCCGCCUCUGUGGACGAGGCGUUCGCCGUGGGCGUCCAUCCCUCCUUCUCCCACUUCAUCCAGUAUCUCCUGGACCCUCAGACAGAGAAGGAGAUGCCCUUUAACGAACACUGGCGGCAGGUGUAUCGGCUUUGCCACCCAUGCCAGAUUCAGUAUGACUUUGUGGGCCACUUGGAGACGGCAGAAGAGGAUGCAGAGCACCUGCUCCGUCAGCUGCGGGUGGACAACGUGGUGGAGUUCCCCACCUCCCACAGGAACCUCACAGCCAGCAGCUGGGAGGCCGACUGGUUCAGCACAGUGCCUGUGGAGGCGCGGAGAGAACUCUACAAGCUGUACGAACCCGACUUCAGGCUUUUCGGCUACGACAGACCGGACUCGAUCCUCAACGAGUGACUCGUGUUUUUACAAAACUGACGCUGCCGCACACAGACAAAAUGUUUUUAUGUGAUGAAGUGAUGCUACACUCCCAACAACGGUGACGCCUCCCUUUGUUCUUUGCAGAUACGUUCUCCAGUCGUUUCUACACUGAAUGUGCUCGUCGUUAAGGACACCCACUGAUUUAAGGUAGCACACUAAUGAAGUGAAGCCAGGCGACAGCCAUUAUCCAUUAUUGUUGUUUAUUAAAUCACAAAGAUAAUUAGAAGCACACAGGUUAGAGUGCGACAGUACGAGAUGUGGAGUGAACAGCAGGUGUCCCUAACACGUCGUACAUUCAGUGUAGUCCUUAAAGGGGCAGUUCAGGUGUUCUGUCGUGGGGUUGUGUGAGGUCAGUCAUAUACAGUCGGUUCAUUACCUGCAGUAGAUUCUGAUCAGCUCCUCCCAGGUAGGAGAUCAUACCAGGAGCACCGUCAGACCAGCAGAGUGACGUGUUGCUGUGGGCGGGGCCACCAGAACAAACCUGUUUUAGACAAUCCAACAUGUGUU